AAAACGAACUUGAAACGGAAUCUAACCACCAUCGUCAACGGAAUGCUAUUGGUGUCCUUGCUCCUGGCCCUAGCUCUGUUCACGUUGUACUUCAACCACAGAUGUAAUACAGAGAGCCUCCCAUCGUUAUCAGUUAAAAACAAUGGUUUUAUUAGCAAAUUUCGAAGUAGACGGCUAUUCCAGAAUAAAAAAUUCGCAGAAAAUGUAUUUUGUUUAUCUUCUGGAUGUGUGAAAGCUGCGGCUUCCGUAAUCAAUAAUAUGGAUAUAUCAGUAGAUCCUUGUGAUGAUUUCUACCAGUUCGCAUGUGGUAAUUUUAUAAAAUACACUAUUAUUGAUGACGACAAACCGUCACAGACAACAUUUAGCAUUGCUGGUGAUACACUGUUGAACAAACUGCGUAUAAUCAUCACCGAACCCAUUCAGCCGGAUGAACAGAGACCUAUCAAAAUGGCGAAAUUAUUGUUUAAAUCGUGCAUGGACAAAGAUAAAAUCGAAAAGGAUGGUUUGGGACCUAUGAAGAAAAUGUUGAAAAGCCUCGGUGGAUGGCCGGUGUUGGAAGCCGAAAAAUGGAACGAUACGGAGUUCACGUGGAAGAACAGCGUUUACAAGAUUAAACUGGUGGGCUACAGCGUUGAUUACUUUAUCCGAUUUUCCAUCAGUACAGAUCUAAAAAAUUCCACGCUAAGAGCAAUUGAACUGGAUCAAGCGUCCUUAGGGGUUAUGGGCACCGACGAAAAAGUCGUGGAUGGGUACUUCAGGUACAUGGUGGACGUCGCAGUGCUGUUCGGCGCUGACCGGCGACGUGCCAUCAAGGAGUUAAAAGAGUCGUUGAACUUCGAGAUAAAAUUGGCGAAGAUAUCACUACCAGCAGAAGAACGCCGGGAUGCCACCAAACUGUACAACCCGAUGAAAAUCGCCGAUCUACAAGAAAAGUUCCCGAGCAUACCGUGGAAAGAGUACUUGAACCAACUGUUAAACCCGUUAGCUGUACGGCACGAUGACAUUAUAAUUGUAAACUCGCCGAAAUACUUGUCGGACCUCGAAGUUCUACUCUGCAAUACGCCCAAAAGGAUACAAGCGAAUUAUGUGAUUUGGAGAUUUAUUUCGGAGUCUAUAAAUUAUCUGACUGAAGAAUUGAGAAAAAGACAGUUGGAGUUCAUCACUGAACUAACCGGUAGGACUGAAAGAGAACCCAGAUGGAAGGAAUGCGUUGGUAUUAGUUCUGAAAGAUUUUCAUUGGCCAUUGGGUCGUUGUACAUCAGACGAUUUUUCGAUAAAAACGCUAAAAAGAACGCUUUAGAAAUGGUGAACGGUAUUAGAGAGGAAAUGUACAAAAUAUUAUCAACAAAUGAUUGGAUGGAUGAUGAAACAAGGAAAAACGCAAUAGACAAAGUAAACUCGAUGACCAGUCAUAUUGCAUACCCAGAUGAAUUAUUGGACAACUGCAAGUUGAAUGCAUUUUAUGAAAAUCUGGAAAUCAAUGAAAAAGACUUUUAUACGUCAAUAUUAAAUUUGACUAAAUUUUUCACUGACUACAGCUUUUCGAAUUUAAGACAACCUGUUAAUAAAUCGGAUUGGAUUACUCACAGUAAAACAGCGAUUAUAAAUGCAUUUUAUAGUUAUGAUGAAAACAGUAUCCAGUUACCCGCUGGUAUUUUACAAGGCGCAUUCUUCUCCGCCGAUCGUCCCCGGUACAUGAAUUACGGUGCUAUUGGGUUUGUGAUUGGUCACGAAAUCACCCAUGGUUUUGAUGACCAAGGCAGAAAGUACGACAAACAGGGCAACUUACUAGACUGGUGGGCGGAGAAGACGAAAAAACGCUUCUUGGAGAAGGUGAUGUGCAUCAUCAGACAGUAUGGAAAUUACACGUCUCACGAAGUUGGUCUCAAGUUGAAUGGCAUAAGCACGCAGGGCGAGAACAUCGCGGACAACGGAGGCUUGAAGCAGGCGUACAACGCGUACAAAACGUGGAGCAAACGACACGGCGCCGAACCACGACUGCCCGGGCUCCAGGACUAUACGCCGCAGCAGAUGUUCUGGGUAAGUGCCGCCAAUGUGUGGUGCUCCAAAUAUCGGCCGGAAGCGCUCAAAAACGACAUUACCACUAACUCGCACUCGCCCGACCGUUUCCGGGUCAUUGGACCGUUCUCCAACCUAGUAGACUUCAGUAACGACUUCCGGUGCCCACUGGGCUCCAACAUGAACCCGGUCAACAAGUGUCAGGUGUGGUGA